GCGGCGCUCAGGCCAAGUCCUUUUUUCUCUCCUUCCCCAAAUGCUGCUUGACACUCGACACAACUCUACCGGCGAGUCUACAUCUCGAUAUAUAGCGACAAGAGCUUUCCGGGAAAGCUCACGGCCAGCGAGCGAGUGAAUUGGAGCGACUCCGCGGACUCAAUUGACCUCAGCGAGAGCCCGGUCAACAAAGAAUAAGCCCGAAAAUCACGGCACUCGGACUCUCGUGCGCGAAUACACCCUGUUCCCCUUACGACCGACACGCUUCAUCUGAUCGCAAAGAGCCCGACCCCCUGCACGAAAGCCGAUUUUCACACCCCGAGCGCAAUACUCAGCCUACCGAACCGACUUACGUCUGCGCUUCUUCGAAUUGAUCCCUACCCUGCCCCAGGCCUGAACCACGCGAUUGACUCGACCAAUUCCGUGUGAAAAGAGGGGAGAAGGCGCAUGCACCCACGUGCGACAAAACCAUGCCACAGGCUGCACGAUGGGCGGGCACGCCGUUCAUUAAGGGGAAAAGCGAGUCGACGCGCAUGGCGUUGUUGACCUUUAGUCUAGUGGGCUUGCAGUUUACUUGGGGUACUGAGAUGACCUAUUGCACACCAUAUCUCCUUCAACUGGGCUUGACAAAAUCCAAAACCUCAUUGGUCUGGAUUGCCGGGCCACUGUCCGGACUGAUCAUCCAGCCUUUGAUCGGCGUAAUUGCCGACCGAUCGCGUUCUAAAUGGGGCCGGCGGAGGCCUUUUAUGGUCUUUGGCUCAUUUGUUGUGGCGUUUUGUCUUAUUGUGCUUGGAUGGACAGCCGAGAUUGUCGCCUUGUUUGUGAACGAGCCUGAGAAGGCUAAAAAUGUCACUAUCGCAUUGGCCGUGUCUAGUAUCUACGCGGUUGACUUUUCCAUCAACGUUGUACAAGCAUGUUGUCGCAGUCUGAUCGUCGAUACAUUGCCGAUUCCCUUGCAACAAGCCGGGUCUGCCUGGGCGGGCAGAAUGUGCGCUAUUGGCCAGCUAAUCAGCUACGUAAUCGGCUCCAUUGACACGGUCAGCAUCUUUGGCAGUCUUUUGGGAGAUACGCAGUUCAAGCAGAUGACGGUGAUUGCUGCUAUCUCAUUAAUUCUCGCGGUAGCGGUGACAUCCUACUCUGUCAAAGAACGCGUUCUGAUCUCGGCGAGGGACUCCGACGGCAAGGGCGGUGCAAUUCAAGCCAUCUCGCAAUUGUUCAAAACCACGAUGGAACUCCCACCUCGCAUCCAGGCCAUAUGCUGGGCUCAGUUCUGGGCUUGGAUUGGAUGGUUCCCAUUCCUCUUCUAUAGCACGACAUGGGUCGGCGAAACCUACUUCCGCUACGAGGUCUCCAAGGACCAGGCCACGAAGACGACCGACAUGCUCGGUGAAGUCGGCCGUGUCGGCAGCCUUUCUCUGACGGUAUUUUCCUCGAUUACAUUCCUCAGCUCCGUUCUCCUGCCAUUCUGUGUUCAAUCACCAGAUACCAAGCGCACGCGCUUCACGCCUCGACCACCACCCGGUGUAGCUGCAAUCUUGAAAAGGUUCACGGCCAUUCGACCGGAUCUCCAGACAGCCUGGUUGAUCUCCCAGAUCAUGUUCGCUGCCACUAUGAUUUUUGCACCCCUCGCACACUCCCGAGCGUUUGCAACUUUCCUCGUGGCGGUAUGUGGGGUACCCUGGGCGAUCAGUAGCUGGGCGCCGUUCGCAUUCAUGGGCGUGGAAAUUAACAAACUGACCAUGAACGGCGGACCGGGUGCCCCGGGCAUGGCCGCGCAAGCGACUCGCUCUGGCGUGACGAUGAUUACAUCCGCAAGUCUGCGCAAUUCUGCCGCUGAUACCGAGCUGGAAGUGCUACGGUUGAAUCACCGUGACUCGGACAGUGACACUGACGAAGAAGACCAAGCCUCGAACAUUCCCUCCACGGGUGAAUUAGCUGGUAUCUAUCUCGGAGUGCUGAAUGUGUAUACCACCCUUCCGCAAUUCGUCGGCACGUUUAUCAGUUGGAUCGUGUUUAGCGCUCUCGAGCCCGGCGCCCAACCUAACAAGGAGAGCGAUGCCUCGGAUACGCAGUGGAUGAAUCUGGAUAGAGAUAAACCCAACGCGAUUUCCAUCUGUCUGUUCAUCGGUGCGAUUAGUGCCUUGGUUGCCGCUGAAGCGACGCGCCGAUUGCGAUAUGUUUCUUGAGAUGGCUUGGACUCCUGGUGGUAUGAUACCGAGAGGACCGGUAAGAGCACAAGAAGGAGGGCGCACUUAUACCCAAUGCAUUGCAUGCGUGUUUCAUCGUGUGGAAAGGAGAGAUUUGUAUAGACAGCCUUAAUUGGGCCUUGCCAUUUGCAGCGUGUGUGUAAAGGGCAUUGACGAAACAGUAAUAAUUUUAAUGACCAUUUUAUUCCAUUCUAAA